AUGAAGAGUCCUCGUACAGUCCGGACACCAGGCACUGCCACCAGCCGCCGCAUCACCUGCAACCUGUGCUGGAAUGAGAAAGAGGUGAAAGACUUCUCCGAUUACCUCUUAACGCCUGCCUGCUCUCGCGACUGCACAACUUGUCGUGACUGCCUGUCAUCAUCCAUCACUGCCGACCUGGACAAUAAAGGCCCCCGCAAUAUUGCCUGCCCUACCUGCGAUGAGCCCAUACCUUAUGAGAACGUUCUCCGACAUGGCGAUACGCGCCUCAAAGAGCGAUACGAAUCUGCCCUCUUACGCCACUCUCUGCAAGAAGACAAUGCUUUCAUCUGGUGUUCCUGGCCAGGCUGCGACGGAGGCCAGAUCCAUGUGGGUGGGACGGACCAGCCGAUCGUCAAGUGCAACAACUGUGGCCGGUCGACCUGCUUCAUCCACCGCUGUCCCUGGCACAAGGAUGUCACCUGCGACGAGUACGACAAGAUCCAACCCAUACUAGGAGAUGACGUCAAGGAUAAGCAUGCCCUGCUGCGCCAUGUGGUGGACAACCGGGCAUCCGAAGAAACGGUUGAAAAGACAACAAAGCCCUGUCCCAAGUGCGGCAGUAAAAUCGAAAAAGAUGGCGGCUGGUGA